GCUUUUGGGAAGGCUGCGGGUCAGCAGUCAGGCGCCUCAGCUUCCCGGCGCUGGAGGCCCGGCUCCGCGAUUUAUACCCCUCAAGAGUCUUCAUGUUCUCCCAUGUUUCUCUAGAAAUGAGCCCAGUCAUGGAAAUCUGAAAAAUUUUCUAAGAAGAUGCAGUUUGAUUUGGGGUGUGCUUUUGUGUAUGAAUAGUUAUAUAAAAUACUGAAUUUUCAAAAAGAAGACUAGAAAGGCUGUGGUAAAACAGGUUCUUAGGUAUUUGUGAUAACAGAAGAAAGCCAUGUCUUGAAUGGAUUCAUUCUUUAUGAUAACAGACUUAUAGUGGGAAUGGGCCUUAAACACAGGUGGACUUUAUAAAAUGCAGUCUAAGUUUAUGUACAAAAUGCUGUCUAUUGACCAGAUGUAUUAAAAUGAUAGAUACAGAAUUAAGGGGGUGAUAGAUAAGAUUUAACAGUGAGAGAGUAACAGUUUAAGCUUUAAGCACAGUUCCUUUACCACGAAUCCUAUAGUCUUCAUGGAGCUGUGUUGACUUCCCUGGAAGUUAACUGCAGUUAACCCACUGUGAUGAUGAUGAGUGUGUGACUCUUAGGAAAUACCAGAUGCAGACUUCAGUUCCUUCCAUUUGGUAGGAAAUGAAGUAGUUCAGAUGUCAUAUUUUUAAGUCCUUAUAAGGGAAAAGAGCCUGAAUACUAGGCUCUAGUAGCAUAUGCCCUAGUAUCUAGGCUUCAUAACUAGUAGUAAGAAGUAAUGGGUAAAUAGUUCUUAGGUUACCCAGAAGAAUUUAUGUGACCCCAAAGAGUCCUGAAUAGUGUCACAUGCCAGUGAGACAGGUUUGUCCUGUGUGAGUGUCAGCUCAUCAGUCCAAUCAGAAGACAGUGACUCUAUGCAGUUAGAUGCCUGCUAUUUCAUUCCUGUCUGUGGUGUAGAAAUCUAAUAUGAAGCGGUGAGAAGCUUCAUAGGAAGUUUAAGCUGUCAGAAAUACUAUUUCUAUUCAUGGACAAAACUGUCUCCCAGAGGUCCAAGGUACCUUUCACCAAAAAACUAAAAGUAUAAUGGAGAAUAGCACAAUCUUGUCAAAUUGGACAAAGGAGAGUAAAGAAAAAAUGAAGUAUGACUUUUCAUGUGAACUCUACAGAAUGUCCACAUACUCGGCUUUUCCCAGGGGAGUUCCUGUCUCGGAAAGGAGUCUGGCUCGUGCCGGCUUUUAUUACACAGGUGUGAAUGACAAAGUCAAGUGCUUCUGCUGUGGCCUGAUGUUGGAUAACUGGAAACAAGGAGACAGUCCUGUUGAAAAGCACAGACAGUUGUAUCCCAGCUGCAGCUUUGUACAGACUCUGCUUUCAUCCAGUCUGCAGUCUCCAUCUAAGAACAUGUCUCCUGUGAAAAGUAGAUUUGCACAUUCGUCACCUCUGGAACAAGGUGGCAGCCCCUCCAACCUGUCCUCAAACCCUCUUAAUUCUAGAGCAGUGGAAGACCUCUCAUCGAGGAUGAAUCCCGGCAGCUAUGCCAUGAGUACAGAAGAGGCCAGAUUUCUUACUUACAGUAUGUGGCCAUUAAGUUUUCUGUCACCAGCAGAGCUGGCCAGAGCCGGCUUCUAUUACAUAGGGCCUGGAGACAGGGUGGCUUGCUUUGCCUGUGGCGGGAAACUGAGCAACUGGGAGCCGAAGGAUGAUGCUAUGUCAGAGCACCGGAGACAUUUUCCCCACUGUCCAUUUCUGGAAAAUACUUCAGAAACACAGAGGUUUAGCAUAUCAAAUCUAAGUAUGCAGACACACUCUGCUCGAAUGAGGACGUUUCUGUACUGGCCAUCUAGUGUUCCUGUUCAGCCUGAGCAGCUUGCAAGUGCUGGAUUUUAUUACGUGGAUCGUAAUGAUGAUGUCAAAUGUUUUUGUUGUGAUGGUGGCUUGAGAUGUUGGGAACCUGGAGAUGACCCCUGGAUAGAACAUGCCAAAUGGUUUCCAAGGUGUGAGUUCUUGAUACGGAUGAAGGGUCAGGAGUUUGUUGAUGAGAUUCAAGCUAGAUAUCCUCAUCUUCUUGAGCAGCUGUUGUCCACUUCAGACACCCCAGGAGAAGAAAAUGCUGAUCCUCCAGUUGUGCAUUUCGGCCCUGGAGAAAGUUCGGAAGAUGUCGUCAUGAUGAGCACGCCUGUGGUUAAAGCAGCCUUGGAAAUGGGCUUCAGUAGGAAUCUGGUGAGACAGACAGUUCAGCGUCAGAUCCUGGCCACUGGUGAGAACUACAGGACGGUCAGUGAUAUUGUCUCAGCACUUCUGAAUGCUGAAGAUGAGAGAAGAGAAGAAGAGAAGGAAAGACAGACUGAAGAGACAGCAUCAGGUGACUUGAUGCUGAUUCGGAAGAAUAGAAUGGCCCUCUUUCAGCAGUUGACGAGUGUCCUUCCUAUCCUGGAUAAUCUUCUUGAGGCCAGUGUAAUUACAAAACAGGAACAUGAUAUUAUCAGACAGAAAACACAGAUACCCUUACAAGCAAGAGAGCUUAUCGACACCAUUUUAGUCAAGGGAAAUGCUGCAGCCAACAUCUUCAAAAACUCUCUGAAGGAAAUUGAUUCCACAUUAUAUGAAAACUUAUUUGUGGAAAAGAAUAUGAAAUAUAUUCCAACAGAAGACGUUUCAGGUUUGUCAUUGGAAGAACAGUUGCGGAGAUUACAAGAAGAACGAACUUGCAAAGUGUGUAUGGACAGAGAGGUUUCUAUCGUGUUCAUUCCUUGUGGUCAUCUGGUAGUCUGCCAGGAAUGUGCCCCUUCCCUGAGAAAGUGCCCCAUCUGCAGGGGGACAAUCAAGGGGACUGUGCGCACAUUUCUCUCAUGAGUGAAGAAUGGACUGAAAAGUAUUGUUGGACAUCAGAAGCUGUCUGAACAAAGAAUGAACUACUGAUUCAACUAUUCAGCAGAAUAUUCAUGUUCUACUCUUUCUCAAGUAAUCUUGCUUUGUGAAAGGUAGUAUUGCAUAUUUAAUCUUAGUCUGUAGCAGGAGAAGGUCUUUGUUGGUGAGCUACAGGAGUGUGUAUGUCCCAGAGCAGGAAUGGGAAUGCUUGCUGUGCGCCCUUCAGGACUUCCUGAAUUUGGAAUUUGUGAAAGCUUUGGAUUCAGGUGAUGUGGAGCUCAGAAAUCCUGAAACCAAUGGCUCUGGCACUCAGUAGUUAGGGUGCCCUGUGCUUCUUGGUGCUUUUCCCUUCAGGAAAAUAAGAAUUUUUCUGUUAUUAGUAAAUAACAUUUUCUGUUUGUGAGAAACAUACUAAAAAGGUUUUUUAAAGGCUUGCAUCAUCAUAGUGUAUGCAGGGAUGAAUGCAAGCAGAACACUAUGUACAUAAUAAAUCUUUUAAAAAGUG